AUGGCCCACUAUGGCAGCCGUAUAGCAGACUACGUCGACAAGCACGCCAAUGCCCUUGCCAACGAUAUCCGCGACGCCAUCGACCGAGCAAGCUGGAUUCCCGACUCCCUCCGGCCCCCGCGUCAACCGGGCAGCGGAGGAUACGGUCCAUUUUCGGCUCGUCCACCUCCUCCACCGCAGGGGAUCCUCCAGAAGACCACAGCUUGGGUUUCGAAGAAUCGGACCGCAAUUGCCAUUGUCGUGGCAUUCGCAGGGACAACCCUGUACCUGAUCCACCGCAGGAAGAGGGCACAUGCGAGAAAGAGACGAGCGAAGAAACUGCCCAACGGCGCCAAAAAAGAGAUUGUGAUACUGGCGGGCUCGACCUUCCACGAUGCAUUGACCCGUUCGUUGGCUCUUGAUCUCGAACGCAGAGGCUAUGUGGUCUAUAUCACCGUCUCCUCGACCGAGGAGGAUUCCCUCGUACAGCAAGAAGCAAAAGCCGAUUUGCGCCCCCUCUGGAUUGAUUUGACUUCGACGGUCCCGAACCCGGCGGUCGACGUGCACCCGAAUCUGGAAUCUAUCCGUGACCUCCUUACAAAAUCAUCGCGAUCCUCGUCACCCAGCAGGAGCACGCACCGGACAGGUUCCUCUAUGGGGAAUAUGACGCUGGCCGGUCUCAUUGUCUUCCCCGGCAGCUCAGGCUACAGUGAAGGACCGUUGGCGUUGCUUCCACCAUCCGAUAUAGUAGAUACGAUCAACACUCGCCUUGUCUCGCCUCUCUUGACCGUCCAACAAUUCCUCCCGUUAUUGGCAAACCACAGUCCCGACCCAAAGGCCCCUUCAUCCAUCAUUAUUGCAUACCCUUCGAUUCCGCACAGCCUUUCUCCCCCACGUCAAAUUCCAGAAUGUCUGGUCACAUCAUCACUCUCAGCACUAGCCGCCUCCCUCAGGCGAGAGAUCGCCGCUGCAAACGCCCACAUCACCGUCUCCGAACUCAAGUUAGGAAAUUUUGAUAUGGGCUCCGUCACGUCCUGGUCGAGAACGACGCCAACUCAGUCGACGCUCACGCCCGGUGCGUCGUCUGCGCUUACGCAUAGCCACUCUCACUGGCACUCGUCGCAACGUGCCGCUCACCAACGCAAGUCACUCGGCCAAAGGAGCUUCAUCCGUGGCUCCUCGGCGAGGGAGUUCCACAACGCGGUCUUCGAUGCUCUUGCUCCGCCGCAGACAUAUAGGCCUUUUGGUUUCACGUCCCUCGAGUUCACUUCAAACACAAGACCCAACGUCAUUUUCGUCGGCAGCGGUGCCAGACUUUACGAUUACGUCGGCAAAUUGAUGCCUGGCGGACUGGUGGGGUUGAUGAUGGGAUGGAACCGAAAGAAGACAGCAUCGCGGUCCGAAGACGAAAUGUACAAGUCCACGAGAUACGAUGCGAGCGGCAGCCCGAGCGCAAGUGGCGUAGGCACUCCCGCUGGAGGUGGCAGCUCGUCUGUGGCCGGACAUCCUCUUUCAGCCUCCGCUUCAGCGUCGGGAUGGGGAUUCCAAUCGCUGGGCAGUGAGAGCGGCAUCUGGGAAAAGGUAUGA